GUUAACUCUCUAGACAUUUCUAAAGAGACUCUUCAGGAGCGAUAUGGCUAUGUACUCUCACCGUCUCCGACGAGCUUUACUCACCACCACUUCAUGUCUUAACCGAUCACUCUCCCUCUCUCCAGCUACUUCCAUUGCUCCAACCUCCCUUACCCGAUCUGUAUCCACACAGAGAUCCGUUUUAGGGAGUCUGACGGGAGCAGCGACUCGAGCUCAUGUGAGGCUGUUCUCUACGAGGGAGUACAAGCUUUACAAAGAAGGAGAUGAGAUCACGGAGAACACUGUGUUGUUCGAAGGAUGUGAUUAUAAUCACUGGCUCAUCACUAUGGAUUUCCCCAAGGAUAAUUCUUUGUCCCCUGAGGAAAUGGUCGCUACCUACGAGAAGACUUGUGCCGCGGGGCUUGGUAUCAGCUUGGAAGAGGCAAAGACGAAGAUCUACGCAUGUAGCACAACAACUUACCAAGGCUUUCAAGCUAUUAUGACUGAAGAAGAGUCUGAGAAGUUCAAGGAUCUUCCUGGAGUGGUGUUCAUAUUACCAGAUUCCUACAUUGAUCCUCAGAACAAAGAGUAUGGAGGAGAUAAGUAUGAGAACGGAGUGAUCACACACAGGCCACCGCCGUUUCAGCAUAACAGAAGACAACCUCGUGAUAAGUUUAAUCAAAGACCCGACCGUCAUGGUGUUCCUCAAAACUACCAAAGAAACCCACAGUUUGGCCAGCAACCACCAAUGCAAGGUGGUGGUCCUGGUGGAGGUGGAUAUGGUGGUCCUCAGCAGAGCUAUGGUCCUCCAGGACAAGCUCCUCCUCCUCCACCAUUUCAGGGAGGUUACAACCAAGGACCUCCGAGAUCUCCACCACCUCCUUAUCAGGGUGGUUACAAUCAUGGCCAGGGAUCUCCUGUGCCUCCGUACCAAGGACCACCUGGUGGUUACGGUCAAGGUGGACCUGGGAACUAUAACCAAGGGCCACAAGGAGGUUACAACCAAGGAGGAGGGCCUAGGAAUUACCCUCCACAAGGGACUGGAAACUAUGGUCCUGCACCAGGAGCUGGAACUCCUCCUAAUCCAGGAUUUGGUCAGGGGUAUGGUGGACCUGGACAAGUGCAGAAUCAGACAUUUCCACAAGCAGAUCAGAGGAAUGUAGCUGGAGACUGGAACAACAAUAAUCCAGCAGGCCAACCGGGGCCUGACCAAGGAAGAAGAUACUAAACAGAGAGAGACAUGAUGGAUGCUUGCUGCUGUGAAAUGAGCUGAAUAAGAAGAGAGAAGUGUCGAAGGCCCUUUUAUUAAGUCUUUAGAGUACAUAAUUUGUUAGUCAUCUCCUAUUUCUACUUUAUAAGAACAAGAAUCAUCUCCUUUUUUCCGUUAGUUGAGCUUAUUCAACGUUGUUUGUUGCAUCUGGUGACUUGAAACACUUUUUCAAAACGUUGUUUGCCAAUCUGCCUAUCUUACUCGUGAUUUGUUCACAAGUAACAAAGCUUUUCAUGUGUUUCAAACAUUUCCAUAAUGAAAUCUUUACC